AUGGUGCUCCCAGCGGCGGCCAAGAAUGCUACAAAUGCGGCCAAGUCGGCCAUAUCGCACGCAAUUGCUCCCAGGGCGGCAACUAUGGAGGCGGUUUCGGUCACGGAGGAUACGGUGGUCGCCAGCAAACUUGCUACUCGUGUGGUGGCUUUGGCCACAUGGCCCGCGAUUGCACUCAUGGUCAGAAGUGCUACAACUGUGGAGAUGUCGGACAUGUAUCCCGCGACUGCCCAACUGAAGCCAAGGGUGAAAGAGUUUGCUACAAGUGCAAGCAACCUGGACACGUCCAGGCUGCUUGCCCUAACUAGUUGA